AUGUUUCUAGUUGAAAAUGCUUAUGGUCUUGCUCGUCUUUAUUCUUGUCAUUUAUAUAUAGAAUUAAAAAUGAUCAAUGAAUUGAAAUCAGUAUUUAUUCUGGAUCUGUCCCCAUUACUUAUCUCAUCAUCGACAUUUAAUUCACUUACUAGUAACAGUUCAAAACCAAUGAGUAGAAUUAGUAAGGGUGUUGAUUGUGAGUAUAUUACAAAUUUAACUCGUCCGAAUGCAAUUUCGCCAGGAACGAUAUUUGAACUAAGAGGGUAUUGGCUAUCAUAUCUACAUUUUGCUAAAUAUGAUGAAGAACUUCGACAACGUAUUUUUGUUGCAUCGCAAUCGACACUUAAGAAUGUUUCAACUUUUUUCAUUGAAUUUUAUCAACGACAACUAGGUUUACGUUAUUCUUCAGGCGAUGCUUAUUUAUUCGAUGCUAUUAAAUAUUAUACUGCACGCUAUCGAAAUGCUCAUUUUAUAGUUACUAGUGAUGAUAAACCUUAUUGUGAAAAGCUCUUUCGUAAUCAAUCAAAUAUUUUUCUUACACCUGAGACAUAUUCCACUGGUGGUGAUCUAGUAAUUCUUUCACUUUGUCAACAUUCAGUUAUAACUGGUGGAACAUAUGGAUGGUGGACAGGUUAUCUUGCUGGUGGAGAAGUAAUACAUGAUAAAAUUUAUCCAUCAGGAUGUUCAAGACGUGAAUAUUAUUAUCCACCAUGGUUUUUAAUAGAUGGAAAUGUACGUGCACAUAAAUAUGCUAAGUAUAUUUUAUGA